AAAACACAUAUACAAGGAUAAGCUAAGGACCACCUACAUAUAAAAGCUAAGCCAGCAGCAUGAAGAGGCCUCCAUUUAUAAAGGACAUAUUGGAAAAAUGGAAUAUCCAAUUCUACGUUAUGGCUAGCCUUGUGUUCCAAAUGAUACUGAUUUUCCUUGCGCCGAUGAGAAGAUGGGUAAAGAACGGAUUCAUGUAUCUGGUGAUAUGGGCUGUGUAUUUACUGGCAAGCUUCUUUUCCACCUUCGCCUUAUCCCUCAUCUACAACGACGCACCAGAUGAGGUGAGUGAAUCUAACAUCUUCCCUUUCUGGGCGCCGUUUCUUCUUGUCCACCUGGGCGGCCCUCACACCAUCACUGCACUGGCCAUGGAGGACAACAAUUUAUGGCACCGCCAUUUGCUCACCCAAGUCGUUCAGAUCUGCUCAGUUUCGAUCGUCUUCUACCAAUACAAAAUCUUCCAAAGCGAAUGGCUGCUCCCCAUGGCCAUCGUCUUCCUCGUCGGAAUCGUCAAGUGCGUUGAGCGCAUCAUCUCUCUCCAGCUCGCGUCUUUCAAUUUCGUCAGGAAGUCCAUCCGGCGCCAAGAUUCUAAGAAGCCUCCUCCUCCUCCUCCUGCUGCGGGGGUACUUGACAAGUACGAGAUUGUAAGGUGGGGUUACGAGUUCUACCAAACUUUCAAAGGCUUCAUCAUUGAUCACACGUUUAUCCAUGAAAAGGAGUGUGGGACGGAGAAGGAGUGGUUCCGCAGCAUAAGUGUGAAGAAUGCGUUUGAAGUGAUGGAAAUGGAACUCAACUUCAUGUAUCAGGCCAUGUUCACCAAGAUGAUUGCGGUCCAGUACUGGGAGGGUAAGGGUAACUAUUUCUGGUCCAUAUGGCGUUUUCUGUGUCAUGCUUUACUUAUAACCGUGGCGGUCAUCUUCUUCUGCCAUUCCAAACACAAUCUUCAGCCUGCUGACAUUUAUAUUACCUACUGCUUGCUGGGCGGUGCGCUUCUGCUGGACGAGAUAGCUCUCAUUCAUCUCAUAUUUAGCCACUGGACAAUCGUUAAAAUAAUGAAUUCUCAUUAUUAUAAUAAUAAGGAGGUGGUGGUGAGAAACAAAAUUCUCCCAGUCAUUUAUGGUGGACUGGAAGUUAUUACUAUGAAAAAGUGUUGGUCAGGGGAGAUUAUACAGUACAGUUUGCUGAAGCACUCGUUAAAAGGACGGUGGAAAUGUGCAGAGCCCAAACUGGAAUUCUAUUCACUCAAGGAAGUUAUUGAUUCCUGUCUGCACACUACAACCGCCGAGGUUGGAGACAGUUUAAAGGAGUUGGUUUUCGAGGACAUCAAAAGGAAGCUGGCAAAAACAGAAAUAAACAACAACUACGAGGAAGAUGUCUGGAAUCACUUGCAGGGUGGUCAGGUGGCGAGACUGCAUGUGGUCAUGGACAAAAUACAAUGCCUCGUUCGGGACCGGAAUCCCGACGACGACUACUACGCCACGUUUGUGUUAAUCUUGCAUCUUGCUACUGAGAUAUGCUACUUCACCCACGGGAAAGGAGACAGUGAAGAAAGCUGUUGGAGGGGCAAAUCACGUCCGCACUGCCGGGAAGUAUAG